AUGAAGUUCUCGUCCGCCGUCCCUAUCGCCUUCGCGACCUUCGCAUCCGCCAAGGUUCUGAACGACGGCUCCAAGCUUGCGUACGGCCGCGCUUUCGACAAUCAGGCGCAGUGGCAGAUGACCGGCGUCCUCGAAUACCCCUGCACGGGCGACUUCGCGAACCUCGGCAUCGCCGACUGCUACCAGUUCACCCUCUCCGCCGACGGGUCCAAGAACCUCGACACCAAGCACCUCGACUCGCCGCGCCAGCGCAACGAGUUCCGCGCGCACAACGCGGCCGCGGGCGAGGAGCACACCUACUCGUGGAAGGAGUACGUCGCGGAGGGGACGGGGACGGGGAGCAACUUCUUCCACCUCAUGCAGAUUUUUGACGCGGGGAAGGGCGGGCCGGUGGUGACGCUGACCGCGAGGAAGGGGAGGGUGGGCGUGGAGAGUGGGCUGUGCGGAGGCGGCUGCCCGAGUGCGGCGUGGGAGGACUAUGUGGGGCGGACGACGCUACAUACGAUGAGGAUCACCUUCGGCCCCAGCGGCUCGAUGAGCUACAACGUUGAAGAUGCGGACUCAGGCGAGAGCAUCGUCUCUGCCGACCUGUCCGGCGCUCUGGGUGGUAGCACCUCCUACUUGAAGUUUGGCACUUACCGCAAGGUCUACGACGGCAUGACGGACGUUGUUGCCGCCGCUGGAGAUUUCUCUCAGUCAUGA